UGCCCGUGGGUGCCGGUCGCCAGUGAGGCCGGCAGAUUGUUAAAAGCGCUUCGGAAGAAUCGAGGGAAUCUUACGACGCGGGCCUGGGUAUCUCUCCCUUUGCUAAGGAUGUUUUAAGUAUCUCUUCUCAAGCCCCAGCAAUUCUACACUUGCCUCCCAUCGGGUCCGAGGGAACACCUUGUCAGGCCCUGGAGAUUUAACCACCCUGAUUUUCCUCAGAUCAGCUUCAACAUGCCUGUUUACUGCAACAGUUGUGGAAAGAAGGCAGCAGUCCUUAGGCGUCCCAAAACAGGACAUUCUCUUUGCAAAGAAUGCUUUUUCUGGGCUUUUGAAGAGGAGAUUCAUCAAACAAUCAUAUCUGCAAAGCUUUUCCAGAAGGGAGAGACUAUUGGAAUUGGGGCUUCUGGUGGGAAAGACUCAACUGUUUUGGCUCAUAUUUUGAAAGUCUUAAAUGAUCGAUAUAAUUAUGGGUUAAAUCUGAUGUUGCUUUCUGUGGACGAAGGUAUUAGUGGCUAUCGUGAUGACUCCUUAGAGACGGUAAAGAGAAACCAACAACAGUAUGAUCUGCCACUCAAGAUUAUUUCCUAUGAAGAGCUAUAUGGCUGGACAAUGGAUCAGAUUGUGAAGAAAGUUGGUUUAAAGAACAACUGCACAUUCUGCGGGGUCUUCAGACGGCAAGCACUUGAUCGUGGUGCCAUGAUGCUAAAAGUGGACAAGGUCUGCACAGGUCACAACGCAGAUGAUAUUGCUGAGACAGUCUUGAUGAAUUUCCUGCGAGGAGAUAUUGCUCGCCUACGUCGCUGUACUGCGAUUACUACAGGUAGUGAAGGGGCAAUUCCUCGUUGCAAACCACUGAAAUAUGCUUAUGAGAAAGAGAUUGUGCUGUAUGCUUACUUCAAGAAACUGGACUACUUCUCCACUGAAUGUGUGUAUUCUCCUAAUGCAUAUCGGGGCUAUGCCCGUACUUUCCUGAAAGACCUGGAAUCAAUCCGACCAAGUGCUAUUAUGGAUGUGAUUCACUCUGGUGAAAACCUGUCUGUGAAAGAGGAUGUGAAGAUGCCCAAGCAAGGCACCUGUGUGCGCUGUGGUUACAUUUCUAGUCAGGGGCUCUGCAAGGCUUGUGUUCUUUUGGAGGGACUGAACCGUGGGCUUCCCAAACUUGGUAUUGGCAAGCAUGCAAAACUGCAUAGCCGACUUCUAAACAAGGAACCACUCACUGAGGCAGAGAAGAAGAAGUUAAGAGUGGUUGAUUUCUGAGUACUUUGACAUCUAGGUUUAAGUUGUAUAACUUGGCCAAAGCUGCCUUAAAAUGUUAACUAGCCAUUUUCUGAAGAAGGUGCUUUUACCAAUCUGAAUAGAAUUGCUGGCAUCAAGCAUUUUUAUCAUGUUGGUGUCUGCCAGCAUUGCAAUAUUAUGAAGUAAAAUUUUAAUUAAGUUAAAUUGCAAGGACAGUGGAUUUAUCAUUAAAACAUUUGGAGUAAUCUUUGUAAGAGAGAUGGAAUCUGCUGCUGAGGACCCAGCACCAUUCUGUUCUUUGCCUAAAAUUCUUAUAAUGGAACAGUAAAACUAAUGUACAGGGUUUUUUUUCUUGAAAAGCAGAGAUUUUUGAGUAUUAGAUAAAGGUCAAGUGCAAUAGUUGAUCGAAAGGUAAUUUAUGAUUUGCACCAUGUUAUGAAAAUCUGUGUUUAUGAACGCCUUUGCAUACCAAGCUUUAAGGUAAUUAAAGGAAGUUAAAAACAAAUAUAACCCCAAGAUGAUGAAAUUUCCUCUUCUAGGAAGAGAAUACUAUUUAAACUUGGUUAAUCUGAAUAUUGUUCCUGUUUUAGUAAAACCAGAACAUUAUCUCACUGGUUUUGGUUUAGGUCGAAUGGAGUUAGCAGAUUUGCUCAGAGGUGGAACUAUAAAUUGUAUAGUUGGUGGGCCAAAGAACCCAGAACAAAUAGUGCCAUGACUUCUGGUACCUGGGGUGCCUAAUGUUAGCAUUUGUUCUUCUAAAAAAACUCAAAGAUUACACUGUUGGCACUAAGAUCCUUAAAAUCCUUAACCUUGCUGAGAUUUGUGGUUAGAUUCAUAGAACCCUACAGCACAGACACUGAGCCUUCAGCCCAUUUAGUCCAUGCCAAACUAUCAAUUUGCCUAGUUCCAUUGACCUGCACUGGGACCAUAGCCCUUCAUACACCUCCCAUCCAUGUACCUCUCCAAAUUUUUCUUAAAUGUUGAAAUCGGCCCUGCAUCCACCAUUUGCGCUGAGAGCUUAUUCCACAUUCUCACCAUCCUCUGAGUGAGGUGGUUUCCCCUCAUGUUACCUUAAACAUUUCAACUUCCACACUUAAUCCAUGACCUUUAGUUCUAGUCUCACUCAAUCUCAAUGGAAAAAGCCUACUUGUAUUUACCCAAUCUAUACCCCUCAUAAUUUUGUAUACCUGUAUCAAAUCUCCCAUCCAACUAACAGUCAGAGGGGCAACGACCUACAACUCUCUGGCUUCUUCCACGAAGCCAAUGUCCAAUCCAAUUUACUAUCUCAUCUUGAAUGACAAGUGACUGAACCUACUUGACCGACCUCCCAUACAGGACUUUGUCAAAGGCCUUGCUCAAGCCCAUGUAGACAACAUUUACUGCCUUGCCUCCAUCAACUUUUCUGGUAAUUUCCUCAUAAAAUACUAUAUGAUUGGUUAAACAUGACUUGCCAUGCAUAAAGCCAUGUUGACUAUCCCUAAUCAGUCCCUGUCUUUUCAAGUACUUGUAUACUCAGUCUUUUAGAAUACUUUCCAAUAACUUUCCCACAAUUGAUGUCAGGCUCACUGGCCAAUAAUUUCCUGGCUUAUUCUUGGAGCUUUUCUUAAGCAACUGAACAACAUUAUCCUCCAGCAUCCCACCUGUGGCUAAGGAGGUUUUAAAUUUCUGCACUAGUCUUCUACAGGGUCUUGGGGAGACACAUUGUCAGGCCUUGUGGAUUUAUCCACCCUAAUUUGUCUGGAGACAGCAGACACCUCUCUGAAAUCUGUAUAGGGUCCAUGACCUCACCACUGCGAUUGCCUCACAUCAAUAGACUUUGUGUCCAUUUCCAGAGUAAAUAUAGAAUGCAAAAAAUCAAUUUAAGAUCACGCACAUCUAUUUUGGCUCCACACAUAGAUUAUCACUCUGAUCUUCCAAAGCACCGAUUUUGUCCCUUACUGUCCAUCUGUUCUUAAUAUAUCUGUAGAAGCCUUUAGGAUUCUCCUUCAACUUGUCUGCUGGAGCAACCUCAUGUUUUCUUUUAGCUCUCCUGAUUUCCUCAAGUGUUCUCUUGCAUUUCUUCUUCUCCUCAAGUACCUGCUAUGCACCUCCUUUUUCUCAACCAGGGCCUCAAUAUCUCUCAAGCCAAUGUUCCCUAAAUCUGUUAUCCUUGCCUUUUAUUUUGACAGUACUAUCAAAAUAUUACUUUUGAAGGCCUCCCACUUACUAAGUACGUCUUUGCCAGAAGACAACCUGUCCAAAUUCACACUUGCCAGGUCUUUUCUGAUACCAUCUAAAUUGGCCUUUCCAGUUUAGAAUCUGAACCUGCAAACCAGACCAAUCUUUUUGCAUAUUUACUUUAACAUUAAUGGCAUUGUGGUCACUAGAUGCAAAAUAUUCCCCUACACAAACUUCUGUCACCUGCCCUGUCUCAUUCCUUGUAGUAGACAAAGUAUUUCACACUCUGUCAUUGGGACUUCUAUGUACUGAUUAAGGAAACUUAGCUGAACACAUUUGACAAGCUCUAUCCCAUCUAGUCUUUUUAUAGUAUGGGAGUACCAGUCAAUAUAUGGAAAGUUUAAAAUCACCUACUAUCACAACCCUAUGUUUUUGAUCCUCUAAAUCCUGUGGAAUGUUGGGUGGUCUAUAGUAUAAUCUUUAUUAUUGUAGUCAUACCUUUCUUAUUCCUCAGUUCUACUCAUAAAGCCUCACUAAAUGCACUCUCCAGUCUGCCCUGUCUGAACACUGCUGUGCUAUUUUUCUUGACUAGUAAUGCCACUCCUCCCCCUCUAAUCCCUCCCACUCUCUCAGGUUUAAAACAACAGAACCGUGAAACACUGAGCUGCUAGUCCUUCCCCUCCUGCGACCAAGUCUCAUUAAUGGCUACAAUGCCGUAAUUCCAUGUGCUGACCCAUGCCCUAAGCUUGUCAGCCUUUCCUACAAUACUCCUUGCAUUUAAAUAUAUGUGGUUCAGAAUAUUUGCCCCACCACGCUCAACCUUUCGAUACCUGACGGUGUAUGUAGGCUUAACAACAUCUUUCUCCACAACCUCUUCACUAUCUGUUCUGGCACUCGGUUUCCCUCACCACCAACGGCCCCCCCCCCCCCACCGUGCAGCAUUAGCAAACCUUCCUGCGAGGAUAUUAGCUCCCUCCCUCAGUUCAGGUGCAAACCAUCUGUUUUGUACACAUUCCACCUUCCCUUGAAAAGAGCCCAAGGAUCCAAAACAAAACUAAAGCCCUCCCUCCUGCACAACUCCUUGGCCACAUGUUAAACUGUAUGAUCUUCCUAUUUCUGGUCUCACUAGCACAAGACAUGGAUAGCAAUCCUAAGAUCACAAUCCUGGAUAACCUAUCCUUUAGCACCUAACUCCCUGAACUCAGUUUGCAGUACCUUGUUACCCAUCCUACGCAUGUCAUUGGUAUUGAUGUGGACCACAAUCUCUGCGUGCUCACCCUCCCUCUUGCUGAGAAUGCUGAGGACUCGAUCCAAGAUGCUGCUGACCUGGGAGACGACAAACCAUCCAGGAAAUUCAUUCUUGUCCAUAGAACCUCCUUUCUAUUCCCCUAACAAACGAACCUCCUGUCAUCUCUUCUCUCCCCAUCCCCUUCCUUUCUGAGCCAUUAGGGUGUUCUGCAGUUCACUCUAUGCACACAAGACCUCAAGCGUGGUUUGAAUUGAUUUGGAGUAAGGCUGCUUUUGGAGGGGAGGUAGAUUAAUCUGAAUGUUGGUGGGUCUAGGCUAUUUAUUGAAAUAUAAAACUGUCAAUGGCAGAAAUCUGAAAUAAAACAUGAAAUGUUGGAAACACUAUAGAAGUUGGCAAUGUCUUAUGAAAAGACGAGCAGAUUUUAACCCUGACUUUCCAAGGCCUGGCCUUAUCAGAAAUAUUUCCUUUGUCUUAUUUACCCCUUUACCAUCCUCUCAGCAAAUGUAAACUUUUGUGUUUUUUCAUACUUUGCCAGUUCUGAUGAAGGGUCUUCAACUUGAAACAUUAGUUUCUUUUCUACAGAUGCUGACAGACCAGAUGACUGUUUCCACUGUUUUCUGUUGGUUUCUUGGGUUAUGUACUGCAUUAGCUGAGCAAGUAUUAGACGGCAUUUGACUGGCUGUUUUAUCAACUCAGUAUAUAAGGUUCUCAUAACUUCUAUUUUUCUCCUUGAUAACCAUGUAUUCCUUCUAGUCCUCUCUUGUGACUGGUACUGGAACACCAUAGACUGCAGAAUAUGGUUUGGAAGUGCUUCAGCAAAGAACUGUCCAGUCCUUUCCAUACUUGGACGUAUGGGCAAAUUAAAAUUUGGAUCAAUGUUCAUAACUAGGUAAAUGAGGAAAAUACCUUUGAUUUUUAAGGUCUUUUCUGUUUUUGCAGAAAUAACCUAAUUGAAAUGUUUUGGCUCUGGUAUAAAAGAGUAGGGUGUGGUGGUUUAGUGAUUUGGGGAUUAAUGGUUUACAAUGAUAUCCACACUGAACACUACCCUGGCAAGACAGUCUGGUAUGAUUCUACAUUGUGUGUUUAACUCAGUACAAAGUUUACCAAUUUAGUUUUGUAUUAUGCUAAUUGACAUCUGGAUUUAUUUUAUUAAAAUAAUUUAAUGAAUUGAGUCAAGUAUUUUAUGUUGCCUACAUUUCAAACCAGCCUCUACAUCUAUAUGACAUCAAAGCAAACCUAGUCAGUACUGCUAAUAAUCAGCUGAUACCAUAAACUUUCUAUUUGUGAUGUUUAAAAAUACCCACUGCUCCUCUGAUGAUAUAGCCCUAUAUAGCUCAAUAUUUGUUCAUAUAUUUGUACUGAUUUAGUAAAGAAAUUACAAAACCAUUGAGAAGGUCAGUGUAAUUGGUUGGGAAAUACAGAUGGAUUUUAUUCUCAGUUGCGGGCAAGUAUUUUUUAACAUGUACCUAAGCUGCUAGUGGCGGGUGCCAAUUUGUGUUGCCGCUGGAAUAUGUGAGCUGCCCCCAGCACACCCUUGAAGUGUGUUGGUUGUUAAUGCAAAUGACGCAUUUCACUGUAUAGGUGUACAUUGAUAAAUAAACUUGAAUCUCGAAUCUUCAUCUGUUAUAAAUGUCUUGUUCUGCAAAAAAGGACAAUAUGUGUAAAAAGGAAUGAACUGCAUGAUUGCCGUAUUA